UUUGGUUGAUUUCCUGUCACGAGCAUGCAGUGAAAAAAACAAUAAACAAAUUUUUAUCAAAACCUCUCUUUACCGGUCGGAAUCAUGCGUGUGCUUACCGAUGCAACUUGCAUUAGAGUGCUUUGUGGCGAGAAAUUACUCAUAGGCAUAGGGAACCAGUUGCUGCUCGUGUACCGCUCAUCAAAUGGAUCAACGCUACGAAGGAUCGCUCCAUUGCCAAGGCUAGUGGAUAAAAUUCAUGGAAUAGAGGCAUGUGUUAUGAAGGAAGAACAAUGGCUCGUGAUAGUUCACGCUGGUCGUGCAACGUACAGUAUCAUAUUAGAUUACCAAUCCCACACGUUCUCUGAAUGUGCUCUGCUCGUUAUUCCGGAAGAAAUAGACCUCCAGCCGGUACCUUUCAUUCGACGACGGUUAAACGACUGGAUUAGCCGGAUCUCACUGCUCUCUUCUACCGAGCUGUGCAUUGUUACCGCGCAUGGAGUGGCAGCGUUAUUGAAACGCGACGAUAGCAAUCGUUGUUUGCAAUGGGAUAUUGUAGAUAAAAGUCCGUGCGAGGACGGGUCUACGCUCUACUGUUCCACGAUUACCGGCCAACGGUGGGAGAACGUUAUAAUACUUUCUGGCACUGCCUUAGGUCUUUUGCUGAUCUGGUCCGUUGAUGGUCCAAACCGGGGCAAAGUGUUAACGAGUGUCUCUGCCCAUAACGGGGUCAUUUUCUCGAUAUCGUGCAAUUUUGAUAUAGGCUUGCUCACAACUACCUCGGAUGAUCGAUCGGUUAAAUUUUGGAACGUUAAACUGUCAGGUAAUAAGGAUAGCUGCUCGCGGGCGAUAGAACUGCGGGAGGAAAGAUAUUGUUUCGCACACACAGCUAGGGUGUUUCAAUGUCGUAUCAUAAAUGGAGAACACCGAACUCUGGUUGCAUCGAUCGGGGAGGAUUCACAUCUUUGCCUUUGGACUGUCGAUGGAGAUCUGGUGCUGAAGAAACGCUUAGAUGAAGGACCCACAUUAUGGAGUAUGGAUUAUGAUCCCACAAGUGCCACGAUUUUUGUAACAGCGAGCAAUGGAAACUUACAUAAGUACUGCAUACGCCAUGCCAUCGACGACGGUGACGAUCUUUGUAAACACAAAAAUGCCUUGACAGACAUCAGCCCCAACUUGCAACGAAACGAGCAUUUGGCAAAAGUAAAGUUCUUAAACAAUGGAUACAUGGUAGCUAUAACGAACCACAAUCAGGUUAUGAUUUUGGAUAGUAGUGGCACGAUUGUACAACAGCUUGAAAGACUGGAUGAUUUUAAAUGUAGCAUUAUAGAAAUUGGAGCAACAUAUCUAUAUCUAGCUGGUGGCUGUUGUGUGAAAAUCUACAAAAUCGGCUACGAUCAACCCACCCAUCUCGUAGGAAGCGAAAACGUAACCUUCCAAAAAUGUUUUGAAAAUGAAGCCGGCUUUGUUGUAAAAGAGAGUUCCAUAAGGUCAUUAAAUUACUGUACACGGUCGAAAACGGUGGCCGUUUGCGAUUCUCACGGACGAUGCGUUGUGUUCGAUGAGACACUGGCGGACAUUGUAUCCUGCCAUAUAAUUCCUAACUCAUCUGAACGAUGGCUGACUGCGUUUGUAGUACUCAAUGAAUCAUUGUUGCUCAUGGCCGAUCGUUCGGGACACUUGUACCUUUUUGAUAAGCUGCACGUAGAACCUGCAUUCAAAUUAACAAACGUGCACGGAAAGCUAGGCAUCACUGCAAUUAUCGUUGAGGAAAAUUGCCUGCCAUUGACGGAUGUGUACAACUUAAGAACCACCGGACAUGAUGGCCGGAUAUGUGAGUUAGCUGUUAAUUGUAGUACACGCACACUGGAACUCCUUACGUUCAGCAAAUCGGUCAUCGGAUGGAUCGAUCGCAAACUGGUAGUACGCGGCUCAAAAACGUUCUACCUAGGCUUCAACGAUUCACACUUCCUCGUGGUGGAUGAUGCCAAUGAGACGUUUGUUCAGUUUGACUGUGGUGGAGGACACCGGUGUUGGGAUUUCUUUUACGAACCAUCAGCGGCCAUCUUCACGUUCGUGUUCAUUCAACAUAAAAAACUGAAAAAAGUACAUUUUACACCGCGCAACAACGUUGGCAGUGAGCUGACACUCUCACGCUUCAACUGGCACACACGGGCAUGUAACGUGUUGCAGGUAGCGAAGCAUGGAAAUUCUUAUUUAUUGCUUUCCGGAGGGGAGGACAAUAUUCUAAGAAUCAACGUUUUGGACAAUGGGCAAAUACUGGAAGCGCCUCGUAAACACCUGUUUAGCCAUAUAUCAAGCGUAAAAACGAUUCUAGUCAAACGGCUUGAAAACGAUGCACUGCUCAUGAUUUCAGCCGGCGGAAGGGCACAGAUAUGCUUGACCAGCAUUGAUUUGGACAGUUUUCGCAUAAAACAGGAGUAUGAAUAUAUGCUAUUGGCCACCGAUUCGGAGCGCAGCCGAUGGAAAACGAAUCGACGGUCCACUUUCGAUCCAGAAACAAAGUUUAUGUGCGCGGCCUUUCUUACCAAUGAUCGCAUCGUGUUUGGCUGUUCCGAUGGGUUUGUGCGAAUAUUUCAGCUUUCUACAACCGAUGGUCAGUUUUCAGUGUCCCUGACUGGUGAAACAUUUUACGGACGAUGCAUUUUAAAGAUGAUUAGCAUUGAUAUUGAUGAAAAAUCAAUUUUCAUAACAAUGGCAACGGACGGAUAUUUAUGCUUCUGGGAUGCAUCCUGCCCAACGGAGCCCAUCUUCCGACAUCGACAUCAUACCAGUGGCGUGAAUGCAGUCGAUGUAAAGCAAAUUGGUGCGGGAAAACUCGUGUUUGUUACCGGUGGCGAUGAUCAGUCAGUUACGGUUUCGUUACUAGAAAUGAAGAAAUCGAAUGAAAAGCUACAGGUACGAGUGCUGAAGCAUUUAAGUGAACAGUAUAUGCAUACCGCACAAGUUACGGGAUUAAAGUUGCUAGAUAACGAUAAAAUGAUUAGCGUGGGUGUUGAUCAACGGCUGUUUGUGAGCAGUUUUUCUAGCUAUGAUAAGCUUGUAGUCGAAAGCACAAUCAACACAUGCAUUGCGGACGUGAAAGGAGUAUCGUUCAUAGAGGAAGAUAAUGAAGCAAUUGUGUAUGGUUGCGGUAUUGAAAUAAUCCAGCUACAAGGCACAUUGAUGAACAGUAAAAUGACGUAGAGCAAUAAAGUUUUUAGAUCUUGUUUCUUUAACUUAAAAAAUUAGGUUCAUUAUGACAAAGAAUCCAACAAUUAUACCAAACUUAUUUUACAUUUGAUCAACAGUUUUCAAACACCAUAGACCAGUGCUCUCCCACCUUUAUAGGAUCGCGGAUCACUUGGCUUUGAAAAUACAUUUGCCGCGGCCCACAUUCAUUGAAGGGAUACAUUUUUUAAUGUUUUUUUUUUUAUUAAUGAUAUGUUUAAAUCUUAUUCUAGACAUGCAUGUUGAUAAUUUAAUCUUAAUUGUGGGGGAAAAAUGCACGAUAUGUGUAGUAAUAAGAUUUUCUUUUUCAAAAAUAAAUUAUUUCGCGGACCACGUCUGUUAACGCCACGAACCACAGGCUGGAGAUAACUGCCAUAAACCAAGCAAUUAUAACAAAACUUUGAUUACAACAUAAGUUAUAAUUCGAUUAAAAAUAAGCUACUUUAAACUAGAAUAAAAUGAAGUUUAUCUAAAAGUAAGUUAUGCUAGAUAAACUAAACUACA